AUUGCGACUUCUUUCAUCUCCGACCCCCCCCUUCUUUCCGCCUGAGUCUGUCAAGGACCUAGAAUGAUAUAGCUGUUCCGCCAAUGGCUCCCGCCCCGGAAGCCUAUUUUCCGUCCCUGGACAAGUGCUUCUCCGGGGACGUUCAGCUUUUAUCUUGGAAGGGAGCUUUUCUCUAUGCGUGUUCCCCAGAAGAUACCGUCGAUGACGCGGGCACGCUACACGCAUUUUUAUCGCGCCCAGAAAGCAUCCAGCUGCUUUCGAAUUGUUUGAGUCCAUUUUCCCCCCCAUCUGCAAAGUCUAAGACGGACUUCGAAUCGAAAACGGCGGCGAUCCAUGCAGAAACGUCUGCGCAAGCAUCAUACAACUUAAAGGAAAUAAAAGAGGACGCCCUAUGGCUCAGCCAGAAAGCCGGCAUCGACGAGAUCAGUGCACUUCGAAUAGCAGUUCUGGAAUGGCAGAACCGUCCGGCUACGCGAUUACUGUCGGGGUUUGCGGAGGAGGAAACCUCAAGCUUGCAAGGUGCGACGGGCGCUGAAAACUUUCGCGUGUCGCUGGCGGGGCCCAGUUUCGCCGAAAUUUUGAACCCAAAUGCUGGGUUCAAGGACGAUGCCUCUCUUUUCGAAUCCAUCGAAAACCGGCGCUUGCGGUUGCGCAAUAUUUACUUGCUGGAAAGGGGCCAUAUCGUCAAAACCGCCAGGAAACUCCUCGCCAUUCUUCUUGGCAGCAAAACCAAUGAAAGAACCAUCGAGCAAGGCCAGAAUGAGCGGAGUACCCAAUUAUGCGAACUCGCAGAAACCGUCUUCGAAAAACAACUUGCCGGAGAAGGGUGGUCCACGUUUGUCCAGGCAUGCAUCAAGGCCACUCGAGAUCGACUCACUGCUCUGGAGGGUGAUGGUGGUUGGCUGGGGCUUGCUGAAAGCAACGAGGCCACGGAAGAUAUGUGGAGGACAACCCUUGUUGAAGAAACGCUGCAUAUCCUGCAGAUUUUGUUUCUACAGCUCCAGGCAUCCACAGAAAUCCCUGCGGGGGAGCUUCAGUUGUCUUGGCUUGAACUAAUGAGGGAUUACAGCUUUUUGGAGCCUCUUCAAGUCCCUUGCAAAAAUCCUAUAGAGGUCUUGCUACCGCUCCAGGGCUUUGUAUGCCUGACGACACUCGCUUUUUUGAAACUGCCUCUCACUGUGCAAUCCAUCAUCAACAAAACUCCGGCCAACGAUCCUGCCCAGUCCCCCUAUUUCCUCUCCAGGGAAAAAAUCGGCAAAAUUAAUGAAAUUUUUGUUCACGAGGGUUUGGCGUCCCAGAUCGCUAACCCCGCGGCCUUCUCGUGGGGUUUAAUCCUGCAUACCAUGAGGGAACUCGCUCUUACUGAUAAAGAAACUCGAGAGCUGGAGCAAUUUCACACUGCAGUUGACUCUUUCCAGUCGAAUACACCCCAUGCCGGCGAUGGUGCUUCUGACACCUCUUUGUACGAGGAGUUGCUCGACUGUGUGCGGACACCCAGAUUCACAACUGAUGAAUCAAUUGAUCUUCUUACAUCCGAGACCGUGAAGAAUUCGGCGAUUGAUGCAAUUAUCUCGUUAGCGACAAGUCUUGGAUCUACAUCAGCUGUUGAUGAUGCAUUCACGAACCAGUGGACUCGAGCGGCACUCUUAGAUCUCAUUCGGAGUGUCAUGAUCUACAUGGAUUAUUCCCCUGAGGUCGUGGAGUCGGUGCUAGCAAUUCUUUCCGGGCCUUCCGCAGGAUCUUCCUGGCUUCCAAACACUCUUCCAGCUCAACCCAGUGACCCACGCUCCAUAUUCAGGAAGGACGAUGUUCUGAUGAAUAGCAUCUUUCGCGUAGCACGUUCGCGCUUUCCGUACGAAAUGGUCCCAUUCUUGAGAUUGUGCCGGGCUCUCAUUAGCAAAGACAUCGUCAACGAAGAGGGUCUCCCCGACCUCAUCAAUGAAUUGGAGAGCAUGGAAACAUUCACUCAAAUGGUCCCCGCCACUUUCCAAGGCUAUGAGACAAUCCGAGAAGACGAGAACGCAAACCUUGUUACACUUGUUCAGUCGCUCCCAAUGAUAAGCUUUGGUGCUCAACAUGAAAUCCCGGACCAUCACCCUAGCAAUGCUCUGAUUGUUACCGGCUCGUCUCAGGUCCCUGCUGCAACAAUUGGCCAGGUGGUAUCUGAAUCUAAGCCCGCGGUCGUUAUGUGGCAACACCAAUACUCUUGCCUAAGCUAUCUUGGAAGUUGGCUUGAGCAAUGGAAUGAAAGCGGAGGGUCUUUGAUCGAAGGGGGCGAAGACUCUAGCGCAGAGGCCAUAGGCUUGUUAGCAGAUCUUCUAGUGGCUACCAGGGAAACGCAAAGGGACAAUGAUUCUGGCGCCAAGAGAAUCCUGGAGCUUGCAAGUGAUGGAUUGGCCCGUCAAAGCGAUAUCAUCUCCGUUAUUUUUGAGAUAUUCGAACGCAACCUCUCCAGCAUGAGCACUAAGACAGGAUCGGACAGCGUUCUAGAAUCUACCAUCGCCUGUUUGCGUUUUAUUUGCGCUCUGAUUACAGUGUUACCCGGCAGAGUGUGGCCGUUACUUUGCCGAAGUGACUUGCUUGGUUCCGAUGGAAAGGGCGGCAUUAUGACCGUGAUCGUUUCAGGGUUGGAAGUGACUUCGGCUGAUUACCCUUUUCUUCUCGCCUGCAUCCGUCUAUUCGAGGCCGUCGUGGACGAUGCUGCCUCUCGUGCCAUACUAAGAAAAAGUCCGAACGUCAUGGGUGGCAAGAUAUUGGCUGUUUCUGACUGGACCUCCGGAGUUCCGUCUCAUAUGAUGAGAGGAGCCUUGCUCAAUUUCGUUCGGCCAAUGGUCGAGGUCUACAACAGCAGCAUCAAUUGGCGGUUCAAUAAGCCGGAGCAGAGAUUCGAGCUCAACGCCACCCUUGCCAAGACGUUCGAACGAAUCUUGUACUUCGUCUAUGGGGCCAACGACUCAGCUAAGCUUGAUGCCAAAGCAACUGGCAUAUUCUCUUCGUCGGCGACUUAUCUACUGGAUGUCCUCCGCCCUCGUUCCGCAGCCGACCUUCCAUUCAACCCUAUUCUUAGACUUAUCGUUGAUGGUCUCCAGACACCCCCCACCCUAUAUCUGCGAUAUUUAACCCUGGUCGAAGGCCAGGUAUUAUCAACAUUGGAGCUCUCAACCAGACUUUUGCAGGCAGCCCAGCUGGUCGAGAGUCCACCGUCAUUGUUAGAAGAACAACUGUUCAAGGCAACACCAGUUCUUGUCAAGUUAUAUGCGCUUCAUGAUGCCUACCGACUCCCUGUUAUCUCCCUGCUCGAUACCUUGGUAUCGGGAGCUGCUCUGGACCCGGCGAAUGAACCCCCUUCGUUGGUUGGUCAUCUAGGAGCCGAAUCUUCUUGCCUCUUCCUCGACGUCUUGUCUCAGUUCGACAAACCUCUAAGUGAUCGCGGGUUGCAACUGGCUGUGUGGCACAUGCUGUCAACUCUGGUCAGCAAGCGCCAGCAGUGGCUUGCUGUCUACAUUCUCACCGGCUCUUCCCCUCGUCAGACGUUGAAAAAGACAUUUGGUGGUCAAAAGGCCCCCGCAAUGAGAGGAGCCCCGUUCUUGAAGAUGGCUCUCGAUAUGUUUUCCAACAUCGAACAAUUAGAACCCCAAAUCUCACUCGCACUGCUGGAGUUUGUCUCCCAGGCGCAAGAAAAUUGGCCCUGGGCGACCUUUGAGUUAAAGAAGCAUUCGCAGUUCUUCAACAACAUUGUGCAUUAUGUCUCCAAGUUAAAAAUUUCUUCGUUACCCGUGGGAGAGCAAAUCUUUGCCACGCAGAUUGCGGCUGUUGUUGCCGAUCUUUUCGCCGUCUACCUCCAUUCCGCCAAAGAGAUGCGGGAUCGAACGUUUUACAAGACGCUAAUUCCAUUGGUGUCCUGGUAUGCAAAGGAUGCCGUCGAGGUUUCAAGAUACAAUGCAUCUCUGCACGCGAAUUUGAGGAGGAAUUUUGAGAUGCGAUACCCCGGGUGCAAACUUUCCGACUUCAAACGAACGCAACUACAGCCCCGCUCUUUAGGGAAAGAGUACUGCUACGACAUUCAUCUGGGCGAGAAGCUUCUUUCGUAUGAUUUUGCCUGGGCCGGAACACGAAACCAAGGGUUUGCUCAGGAAUUUGAGCGGGCUAAUCUCAAUCUGUCCCUCGUUGAGGCUCAAGUGCGUCUGCUUCAUAGCUGGAAGUUCUUUGCCACGGAGCACUGUGCGGAUUUCAUGAUUGAUCGUGAAAUUCAGAAAUCGAUGGCCCUGGUUGCUCGGAGUUGUCUAGAGGCCAACACCACCGCCCCCCAGGAAGCGAUCUUCGAGAGGGUUCAACAGACAAGGGUGGAUUUCGCUCAAGUACUAGUCCAGCGGCUUGUUGAGAGUGGCGCAAAGGGCUCCGAAGUGUUUAGCUUGCUCGCGGUCGUCUGGGAGGCACUGCGCAGUCGCCGUGCAACGUACGAGGAUGCGCUCAUCAACGACGACACCGAGUAUUACCGAUCGAUGCUCAACGUUCUAUUCCUGGCUCUUCAGUUCCAUCUUGACCUGCCUACUCGACCAGUUCCCGAAACCCUCAGCAAGAAGGCCGAGAUCUCGUCUGAUCUAGGACUGGUCGUUGAGGUCGUUAAGACCGUGGUGGCGCAAGGAUUCAAGUCCUUGACGACGUACUUGCAUGAGCAACCGGACAAGUGCACGCCUAAAGACUUUGCUAUUUUAACGGCCAUUCUGCAGAGUUGUCUGCAAGUGAAGAACGUCGAUCGCUUGUUUGAACACGUUGUCUAUCACAUCGCCGACAACGACAUAGCUCGCCAUGCGACAGCAUUGUUCUCGUGGGCCGAUCAGCUGGCGGUCGCCGGCGACCCUGUAUAUGGUGACCUUAGUAUUUCCUUCCUCGUCAAACUCUCCACCAUACCUAUGCUGGCGGAACACCUCGCCGUCGAGGCGAUCCUUGCCAGACUCUCCACAUGUCGGUUGACAAACCUCCUCCGACAACCCCAAGGUUUCGGACCUUUGGACCCCGUCCCUCGGAUCUAUUCAAUCUGGACCAACGGCAUUCUCCCGCUGUGCCUGAACCUCCUCUUCCAUGUCAUUCGCACUGCGCCAGAGGUUGCCGCGUUCCUUAAUCAAUUCGAGGGCCAGCUCACGCGAGCCUCCGAGUCCUUUUCUGCCGGGCGCAAAGCCAUCUCGACAUCUACCACUACGCGCAACAAGAUCAGUUCAAGCAUGGCGUCAGAGGCCUACUCGCUUGCGUUGAUCUCUUUCAUCCUCGGCCGAUUCCGGGAAGCAGGGCCCAGUGCGGGUGUGGACGCCGAUGCGAUCCAGGAUCUCCGGUGGGACAAAGCCCAGGUCAAGGAGGACAUCGAGGAGCUUCUGGAGCGCCGAUCGAGCCUCCGGGCCCGAAUCGUCGCCACCAGUGACAAGGAGGUGGAGCUGAUGCGACAGAAGCCGGCGGAUGCUGCUUCGAGCGCAGAGAACCGGCUGGAGGAGAAGAUCGUGAACGAAUUGAAGGCAGCGCUGGUGUGCCUUGGAGGGGAGGAAGCAUCAUAA